AUCUCCAAACCUUGCACUUUUUCACACUCUCUGUCUCUCGUAUCUGGCUUCUGCUUGUGGAGGGAAAAACAUGGUGCACCGAGAGCGCCGCCGCCACCGCCGCCAACCCUGUCUGUACUGCCACCCGCAAAGCUACAUAAGAAUGGUGCAACAUUUGAUUGAGAGAUGCCUUGUCUUCCACAUGACCAGAGAUGACUGCAUCCAAGCUCUAGCCAAACAUGCCAGCGCUCAGCCCGUCGUCACCCUCACGGUUUGGGAAGAGUUGCUGAACAAGAAUAAAAGCUUCUUUCAAGUGUAUUACCGAGUUGUUCCCCAGAGCCAUCCGGAAUAUAAGCCAUCGGAGAGGUUCUCGGAAGGGACACAGCAAAUAGCAAUGAGGUGAAGAAUUGAGAGAGCGACCUGCUAAGGAGAUAGUACAGAAAAGGUGGUAUGCACAGCUAGUUCUUGUAGGCUUAUGUUAUAGCCGUGAUUCGGCAUCAAUUCUGCCCAUGCGCCGGGUUCGUAUUAGUUUUAGACAGAAGCUAAUGGAUUCAGGGACGACGCAUUUCGUUCGGUUUACUA